CUCUCAAAACAGUAGAGGUCUAGAGACUUACACAGUGCCAUGGCCAUGGCUUCUGCUAUGGACUUAUUUCCUCCAACGUUCUUCUUAUCCGGAACUUCUACAUCUUCUUCUUCCCCUGCUCUCCGUCGUCUCUCCUCCAUUUCCGUCUCCGGAUUCCGCCGUCACUCUUAUCGGAAGUUACAGAUACUUUGCCAGGCCACAGCUGGAACUGAGCCUCAGAGUGGUCUCUCUGUCUCUGGCUCCAAAUUAGCCGCCCGUUCUGGUCAAGACCGUCUUUUGAAGGUUCCGAUUUCGAACAUCAGGAAUUUUAGUAUUAUAGCUCAUAUUGAUCAUGGGAAAUCUACGUUAGCGGAUAAGUUGCUUCAGGUGACUGGUACUGUUCAGAACAGAGAUAUGAAGGAGCAGUUUCUUGAUAACAUGGAUUUAGAGAGAGAACGAGGCAUCACUAUCAAGCUUCAGGCAGCUCGAAUGCGUUAUGUUUAUGAAGAUACACCAUAUUGCCUCAACUUGAUAGAUACUCCAGGUCAUGUUGAUUUCUCUUACGAGGUUUCCCGAUCUCUUGCUGCUUGCGAGGGUGCUCUUCUUGUUGUCGAUGCAUCCCAGGGUGUGGAAGCACAAACAUUGGCUAAUGUGUAUUUGGCCUUGGAAAACAACCUCGAAAUUAUUCCUGUUUUGAAUAAGAUUGACCUUCCAGGCGCUGAGCCAGAGAAAGUUCUCAGGGAGAUUGAGGAGGUUAUUGGGUUAGAUUGUAGCAAAGCGAUAUUCUGCUCGGCAAAGGAGGGAAUUGGUAUUACCGAGAUUUUGGAUGCAAUUGUUCAAAGGAUACCUGCACCUCUCGAUACUGCAGGAAAUCCCUUAAGAGCUUUAAUUUUUGACAGUUAUUAUGAUCCAUAUCGUGGUGUCAUUGUAUACUUUCGAGUUAUUGAUGGGAAAGUGAAGAAAGGCGACAGAAUUUUUUUCAUGGCAAGCGGAAAGGAUUAUUUUGCGGAUGAAGUUGGAGUUCUAUCUCCAAAUCAAAUUCAAGUGGAUGAAUUAUAUGCGGGUGAGGUAGGAUAUAUUGCGGCUUCUGUAAGAUCUGUUGCAGAUGCCAGGGUAGGAGAUACAAUAACACAUUAUAGCAGAAAGGCAGAAAGCUCUUUACCUGGUUACGAGGAAGCUACCCCUAUGGUGUUUUGUGGCCUAUUUCCAGUUGACGCUGACCAGUUUCCCGAUCUUCGCGAUGCAUUGGAAAAAUUGCAACUCAAUGAUGCUGCACUGAAGUUUGAGCCUGAAACUUCAAGUGCCAUGGGUUUUGGCUUUAGAUGCGGCUUUUUGGGUCUUCUACACAUGGAAAUUGUGCAGGAAAGGCUAGAGAGGGAGUACAACUUAAAUCUUAUUACCACAGCUCCAAGUGUUGUUUAUAGGGUGAACUCUGUAAAUGGUGAUACUACUUUGUGCUCAAAUCCAUCACGCCUUCCAGAUCCUGGGCAAAGGAAAUCGGUCGAGGAGCCAUAUGUUAAGAUUGAGCUGCUUACACCAAAAGACUAUAUCGGUGCGCUUAUGGAGCUCGCCCAAGAGAGGAGAGGGGAGUUCAAAGAAAUGAAAUAUAUAGCUGAGAACAGAGCUUCGAUCCUCUAUGAGUUACCUCUUGCAGAGAUGGUGGGAGAUUUCUUUGACCAAUUGAAGUCGAGAACCAAGGGAUAUGCUAGCAUGGAAUACUCAGUUAUUGGGUACAGGGAAAGCGAUCUGAUAAAACUCGAUAUUCUGAUUAAUGCUGAAAUGGUGGAACCUUUGUCAACCAUCGUACACAGAGACAAGGCAUAUUCUGUUGGGAGAGCUUUGACUCAAAAACUCAAAGAGCUUAUUCCACGACAAAUGUUUAAAGUGCCCAUCCAGGCUUGUAUAGGAUCCAAGGUGAUUGCUAGUGAAGCACUCUCAGCAAUCAGAAAAGAUGUUUUGGCAAAAUGUUAUGGUGGAGAUAUUUCUCGGAAGAAGAAGCUUCUUAAGAAACAGGCGGCAGGUAAGAAGAGAAUGAAAGCCAUAGGUAGAGUUGACGUCCCUCAAGAAGCUUUCAUGGCGGUCCUCAAACUUGAACGAGAAGUAUUGUGACAUCUUGUGGGUUUCUCCACUUUUAAGUCACUCAAAAUCAAUUAAAUAUAUUUCAUUUGAUCACUUUGUAAUUUUAUGCAAACUAAUUUCACAUAAUGCAAUGUUUAAAAGGAUUUCAUACAAAGAAAAACGCAUCAAAGUAUUGAUUAAAAUUUUU